GCAGAGCCUGUAAAUUUAAAAAAAACUGAGAGAUGCUUAGUUGUGAGGUGGAUUUCCGAGACAUGCCAAGUAUUUUUCGCAGCUUUCUGUCCAAUCGCUACAGCGACAAAAUCGAACGAUUCUACCAGCGUUACGAUGCUUUCUUUCGAAGGAUACCCAAUUUGGCGCCAAUGGUCAGGCCCAAAUCGACCAACUAUGAAAAGAGUUCAACCAAAACCAGACAGUACUUAAGAUAUACCUAUCAUUAUGGUACUGAAAAGCCGAAGGAUGAUUGGCGUACUGGGGAUAAUAUACCAAUUUUGGUCAGAAGGGAAAUGGAGGAGCGACUGGGGAUUCAGUUUAUGGCCAUUCAGCCAGCUUCAGAAAAUCAUUCAUUCAGCCACACCAUCUGGGAACUGGAUAUGCCGGACCAAAGUCCAGAUAUUGUCCCCAAAAACCUGGGAACCAUUAAGGUGGGAAGGAUACAACUCGUGGCAAAAUCCACGAGGCGUACUCGUGGCAGGAAACCAGGAACUCAGUCAAAACUGAGCCAAAAGAAGACGGUCGGGAAAAUGGAAAAGCUACCGCCACUAGCACCACCCACACCUCCACCGCCUGUCACACCCGCUCACCGGAAAAAGCCGGCAGAGAAACGUCGCUUCAAGGCAAAGGGCGAGGAGUUUCAGUGCAGUGGUUGCAUUAAGAAAUUCGACCACUCCUGGAUGCUGAUCGCCCACAUGCGUGUCCACACAGGAGAGCGUCCUUUUGUGUGUCCCGAGCAGAGCUGUCAGAAGUCCUUUGCCGAUCGCUCUAACUUGAGGUCACAUCAGCGAACACUGCGCCACCACAAUUGGAACCACCAGUGCGGGCAAUGUGGCAAGUAUUUUAGUCAGAUCUGCUACUUGAAUCGUCAUACCAUGGACGCCUGUCGUAAGUACUUGAUGACGGCGAUACAUAGAAAAAACUGAAA